AGCGGCGGCGGCAGCGGCGGCGGCGACCCGGCCUAGUCGCGGAGUCGCUCGCGGGGCGGCGGCGGGUGCGUCCGGCGCGCCCCGGAGGCGCGAGGUUUCCGGAAACCUGGAGGCUGAGCAAGAGUCACAGCGGCUCUCUGAGGGAGUUCUACCACCAUUCCCAAGGGCAGUCAGGAAGGACUGUGGGCUCUUCUGCAGGAGUGGCUCUGGACUCUGGCCUGUGGUGGUUAGAGAACUGAGCUCCAAUGUGCAACAAUGGAUGACGACAGCCUGGACAAGCCUGUGGCGCACAGUUCGGGUCCGGAUGGAGGCCCCCGAGUGGGCCCUGCAGACCUGACCAGCAGUGCUGGUCUAGAAGAAAGCAGCGAUGGUCACAGUGGGGACUCUGAGGACGACACAGGCAGUGAGCAUGGUGACUGCACAGACAGAGAGGACGAGGAGGCAGCCUCUGAGGAGGAAGACCCUGAAGACAGAUCAGGUUCUGAAGAUUCUGAAGAUGAAGUGGAAACAUCGGUGGUGGCAGCAGAUACUCAGGGGAAGCUGGAAGCCAGAGGGACCCUCAGUUCUGAUGAGGAUGUGGAGAGCUGCCCAAUCUGCCUCAAUGCAUUCAGAGACCAGGCUGUGGGCACACCAGAGACCUGUGCCCACUACUUCUGCCUGGACUGCAUUGUCGAGUGGUCCAGGAAUGCCAACUCCUGUCCAGUUGAUCGAACAGUAUUCAAAUGUAUUUGUAUUCGAGCUCAGUUUGGUGGCAAAAUCUUAAAGAAGAUUCCAGUGGAGAGCACCAGAGCCCACGAGGAAGAGGAGGACCCGACCUUCUGUGAGGUGUGUGGCAGGAGUGACCGUGAGGACCGGCUCUUGCUGUGCGAUGGCUGUGAUGCUGGGUAUCACAUGGAGUGUUUGGAGCCCCCUCUUCGGGAGGUGCCCGUGGACGAAUGGUUCUGUCCAGAGUGUGCGGUGCCUUCCACUGCUACUGCCACUGAUGCGGGUCCUGUGAGUGAGGAGGAGGUCUCCCAGCUCCUGGCCGAUGUGGUGCCCACCACCAGCAGGCUGCGCCCUCGUGCAGGCCGGACCCGGGCCAUUGCCAGGACACGUCAGAGUGAGAGAGUGAGGGCAACUGUGAACCGGAACCGGAUCUCCACAGCCAGGAGGGUCCAGCACGUGCCAAGGUACCUCAUGUCUGCCCUGCUGGAUGAGACCAUCGAGGCUGUUGCAACUGGCCUGAGCACAGCAGUGUACCAGCGCCCCCUGACCCCUAGAGCCCCCAUCAGACGAAAGAGGAAGACAGGGAGACGGAAGAAAGUGCCAGGGAGAAGGAAAACCCAGUCCAGGUUGUCUGUAAAAAGUAAAGGUGCCAGUGCAAGAUCUAAGAAGCGCCAACGCCAUGUGAAGAGGAGAAAAGGGAGAGUCGCGAAGGCCCAGAAUGACGUCACAGCUCGUUCUCGAAUUGCUCGGACGCUGGGCCUCUGUAGGCCUGUCCGAGGCACCUGUAUGCCAUCGGUGUACAAGCCGGUGGACCCCUCACUGGGGCUGAUGCGGGCAGAUAUUGGAGCAGCUUCCUUGUCGCUGUUUGGGGACCCCUACGAACUGGACCCCUUCGACAGCAGUGAGGAGCUGUCUGCAGACCCUGCCUCUCCUCUGAGUGCCAAGAGGAGGGUCCUGUCCCGCUCAGCUCUGCAGUCUCACCAGCCCGUGGCCAGGCCCGUCUCCGUGGGGCUCUCCAGGAGGCAGCUCCCUGCUGCCCAGGAGGAGGGCGUGGAGGAGGCCCCUGUCCCAGACCUGCUGGGGAGCAUCCUGUCAGGCCAGAGCCUGCUGAUGAUGAGCAGCGCAGACGUGGUCAUCCACCGGGACGGCUCCCUCAGCGCCAAGAGGGCAGCUCCAGUUUCUCUUCAGCGGAACUCAGUGGGUGCGUCCAGAGGUGAAGAAAGGCCCAGGCCCAGGGACGGCCUGCAGACUGGAGCACCACCCUCAGGGAGCCCGUCUAACAGACUCGUGGGAGACAGGCCACAGAGCUCGGGACUGAACAGCCAGGUCAGGUCGGCCCCACAUCACACCCCUGCCUACUCAGCAGGGGUGCCCAUGAGGCUGGGUGCCUCCCCAGCUCCUGGAUCAGGCCAGACCCAGAACCUGUCAAACGGGAGUGGGCCUGGCUUGCGACAGAGCGACAGCCCCUGGUUUGAUGGCACCAGCAAGCCGUCCUUACCUCUCAGUUCUGCCUCAUCGAAGACCUCCAGCAGCUGUUCCAACUCUCCAUCAAGAAGUGCAGCCCUGGCACACACCCCAAAGCCACCUCCCCGGAGAGCCGCCAUCUCUGAACUGCCCAGGAUUCCAAAGAUCCAGAGGGACAGCACUGGCAGCAGGCAAGACUCAGUCCCACCCCAAGGGCAGAGUGUUGAAAUCCCCAGCACCUGCAUCAGUCGCCUGACAGGCAGGGAGGGUCCUGGGCAGCCAGCGCAAGGCCGGGCAGAGAAUGAGCCCAGCAGCAGGGGCCCCCAGGACCCCAGCUCACAGACAGGCAGCUCCCGGCCCCCGGCUCCCAGCUCCCAUGGCAGCCUGACCUCCCUGGGGCCCUCAAGAGGAAAAGGUCUCGGGUCCACCUUUGAGAGCUUCAGGAUCAACAUCCCUGGAAACACGGCACAUUGCAGCCGGCUGUCCAGCCCUGGCUUCUGCAACACGUUCCGGCCUGUGGACAGCAAGGUGCAGAGGAAGGAGAACCCUUCCCCUCUCUUCUCCAUCAAGAAGACGAAGCAGCUUAAGAGUGAGAUAUAUGACCCCUUUGACCCCACGGGUUCCGACUCAAGCCCUCCCAGCAGCAGUCCUGAGAGCCUUGGCCCCAGCCUCCUCCCUUCGGAGAUUACGAGAACCAUCUCCAUCAACAGCCCCAAGGCCCCUGCAUUUCAGGCUGUGCGCUGUGUCACCUCCUACACUGUGGAAAGUGUCUUUGGGACCGAGCCCGAGCCCCCUGGUGAAACCGGGUCCAGUGCGCUCAAACUCCGGGGUGAGGGUGCUGCUGCGAGGGCCUCUGACGUGGAGCAGGAAGAGCUGGGUGAGGAGCCUGCAGAGAGCCGGGGCCCUGCUGCCCGGGCGCAGAGACUGUCCCCACAGGACCCCUGGGAUGAGGAAGAUGGAGCUACCCACGGUACCUUCUUUGGCUCCGAGGAGCGGACAGUAACCUGUGUGACUGUCCUGGAGCCCGAGGCCUCACCCAGCCCAGACGCACCGCAGGCAACCACCCACAGGAUCGUGGAACUGCGGGCCCCGUCCCGCUCCCACUCCCGCUCCCGCUCCACCUCCAGCAGCAGGAAGAAAGCCAAGAGGAAAAGGGUGGCCAGGGAGCACCGGAGGACACGCUCCAGGACCCACUCUGGCUCCAGAGACAGGACCUCACGCUCGGCUUCGCCCCUCGUUGAGGAGCACUCCAGGGGGCGCCAGGCCAAGGCCAAGGCCAAGCACCAGAGACCUUCCAGUGACCGCGCCAGCAGUCAGGAGAGGGCCAAGAGGAGGAAGGCCCAGGAGAGGGGUCAGGAGCGGAGGCGGGACUCCAGGGGCCGAGGCCGGAGGAGGUCCCGGUCCCGCUCGGGAAGCCCCGGCAGCUCGUCCUGUGAGCGCCAUGGGAGCAGGAGAAAGAAGAGGCGGCAGUCGGGGUCCAGGUCCCGAGGGAGGGACUGCUCUCCACCCAGCAGCCUGGAGAGGGCCCGGAGGCGCAAGCACCAGCGGGAGAGGAGCCGAGAGCGGCCAGACAAGAAGGAGAGCACAGCCCGGCCCCGGGAGAGAAGGAAGUGGAGGUCCCGUUCUCCCAGCUCAGAGCACAGGGCGCGGGAGCCCUGGCAGCCACGUUCCCGAGAGAAGCGACCCCGCUCCCAGGAGAGGAAGGGGACUGCCAGGGAGACUCCCCCUGUGCCCGCUCCUCAGGGGGAGCCGAGGCAGGGUGGGAACCAGCCGGGCACCCCAGUCCCAGCAGAGGCAGGCUUCGCCACAGAGGUGGUCACAUCCAGCCAGGUUCCCCCCCAGGCACCCCCCACCCUGGAGGAGCCAGCAGAGUGUGCGCCCGAGGACCUGGACUAUGGGGCCUCUGUCGAGGCGGGCCACGUCUUUGAGGACUUCUCAAGUGAAGCCAUCUUCAUCCAGCUUGAUGACAUGAGCUCACCCCCCUCCCCUGAAAGCACAGACUCCUCCCCAGAACGGGGCUUCCUGCCCAACCCUGUGUUGCCCCCAGCCGGCCAGGCACAAGACCCCACCCUGGCUGCCAUCCAGAGGGAGGUGUCCCUGAUCCACAGUGAAGACGUUUCGCACCCCCUGCCCCAGGCAGGGGGACCCCCAGAGCAGCAGGUGCUCAGGCAGGACUUGGCAGAGAACGCUCUCAUGGCUCCCAGCACCCUGGGUGUGGCGCCCGUGGAGGACAGCCCCUCGGGCAGUGGGCGAGCGUGCCAGGUAGCCAGGCCUGACCAAGCCGCAGCGCAGCCCCCACUGCUGCGCUCCCGAGCGCUAGUGAAGCGAGUCACCUGGAACCUCGAGGAGUCCGAGGGGGGCGCCCUGGCCCUGGACAGAGGCUCGAGGACGCCACUUCACAGGCCACAGAAACCCCGGGAAGAAGCUUGGGUCGCUGAGGACGGGAUCCCCGUGGGGGACACGCAGGCACCCAUCUCUGAGCUGCCACCUCCCAGCCACGUGCUCCUAGAGCCUGGGUUCCCCGACAUGAACCUCUCUCAGGUUCACAGCCCCAGCGUGCCUCCCAGCCUGGCUCAGCCCUCAAGCAUCCCACCCUGCACGCUGGUCAGCCAGCCCUCAGUCCAGUUUGUCCUGCAAGGGAGCCUUCCCCUCGUGGGCUGUGGGGUGGCCCAGAGUGUGGCCCCGGUGUCCUCGGCGCUGGCUACAGCCUCAGAGCCAGCUGGUCAAGCCAGUACCACUGACUUGGAGGAGAGGAUGGCCACUCCCAGGCCAGCUGCAGAAAAGACCAGGAAGGAGGAGUACAUGAAGAAGCUGCACAUGCAGGAGCGAGCUGUGGAGGAGGUGAAGUUGGCCAUCAAACCCUUCUACCAGAAGAGGGAGGUGACCAAGGAGGAAUACAAGGACAUCCUACGCAAAGCCGUGCAGAAGAUCUGCCACAGCAAGAGUGGCGAAAUCAACCCCGUGAAGGUGGCCAAUUUGGUGAAGGCCUACGUGGACAAGUACAGGCACAUGCGUAAGCACAGGAAGGCCGAGGCUGGGGAGGAGCCACCCGCCCAGGGGGCUGAGGCCUGAGGCUGUGGGCCUUUGUAACCAAGGCCUGGGUCCACCAGCACUCCUGCCUUUGUGCUCCCUCAAUGAUACCUGUCUGCACCUGUCUUGUUCACAGUUGAAAACUGGACUUUUUUAUAUGUAUAUUAUAGAUAUACUGUUUCCAUUGUGUUCUAAUUUAUCAAAAAUGGCUUAUCUUUAGAAA